GCAGCCAUUUUGGGGGGUAAAUAAUGAAAAAAGAGACACAGUAGUUUUAAAUCUUUUUAACGCAUUUUUAGCAGCGUCUUCCACCGUGUUUAGGCGACAUGCUGACUAACGUGUAGAAAAAGCCAACAGAAUACACAUCUGAUCUAAAAGAGGAGUGGAUUUAGUAAUCUGUUAAUUGGAUUACUCGACCUUUCCUGAUGUCCCUAUGAUUGCCUUUAUGCACAGCUAAAGUUCACUGCGCCUUGAAGAACACCGUCAAAAGUUAAUUAUGAUUUGAGACUACAGGAGUUUCAACAGGAUUUUAACACAUUUCUUCUCGAGAUGUCUGUCUUUUUCUUGUACUCUAUACUUGCCUUCAUCUUUGGUAAAAGUCUAGGCAAUGUGAAUUUAAAGGAGAAGAGUUACUCAGACAACAUCACUCGCAUUCUGGAUCGACUUUUGGAUGGUUAUGACAAUAGACUGCGACCUGGAUCUGGAGGUGGCGUUACUGAGGUGAAAACAGAUAUCUUUGUCACAAGUUUUGGACCUGUGUCAGAUGUUGAGAUGGAAUACACCGCGGAUAUGUUCUUUCGACAGAUGUGGUUUGACGAGAGGCUCAAAUUCGAAGGUCCCAUUGAAAUUCUGCGGUUGAACAACCUUAUGGUAGACAAGAUCUGGACACCGGACACCUUUUUCCGAAAUUCCAAAAAAUCAAUUUCCCACAACAUGACCACACCGAACAAGCUUUUUCGCAUUAUGCAAAACGGGACUGUCCUUUAUACAAUGAGACUGACAAUAAGUUCAGAGUGUCCAAUGAAUCUAAUGGACUUCCCCAUGGAUGGUCACACUUGUCCUCUUAGAUUUGGAAGCUAUGCCUACACCAGCAGUGAAAUAGUUUUCACUUGGAGAAAGGGGCCUGUAAAGUCUGUCGACUGUCCCAAAGAGUCCAUGAGCCUAUUGCAAUAUGAUCUGGUGGGACAGACGUUGUCCAGUGAGAUUUUCAAAUCCAACACAGGUCACUACUCUGUGCAGGUGGUCCAUUUCCACCUCCAGAGGAAGCUGGGAUACUACCUCAUCCAAACAUACAUUCCACUUAUCAUGGUUGUCGUGCUGUCACAAGUCUCUUUCUGGAUCAAUAAGGAGUCUGUCCCGGCUCGUACAGUCGCCGGCAUCACCACAGUGCUAACAAUGACCACGCUGAGCAUCAGCGCCCGCCAGUCCCUCCCCAAAGUGGCCUACGCCACAGCCAUGGAUUGGUUCAUCGCCGUAUGUUUUGCCUUUGUGGCGUCUGCCCUUGUCGAGUUUGCGGCAGUCAACUACUUUGCCACGCUGCAGGCCAAUCGUCUGAAGAGGACAAAAGCCCGACAAGACAAGCUUGAGGUUUUAGCUACAGCAAGCGAUGAUGAAGAUAGGGUUUCGGAGUGCAACACAAGCGCUCAAGAAGGCCUGAAGAGGAGAAACCACUCGAUGUGCCCCAGUGAACCAGCCGAGGAACCCCCCGUGCCGAUAUUCCUUCAGCAGGGCUCAGCUUUCCCCCAAAUACCGCAGCUGGCCGGCACCAGCCCCAUCGACAAGUAUGCCCGCAUUCUUUUCCCCUUGACCUUUGGCCUCUUCAACCUGAUCUACUGGUACAUCUACCUGGCUAAGGACAGCAUGGAGAGAGCCAGGGAUGUGGAUCCAACCUCUUAAAAGCAAGAGGACCAGGAAAAGGGCACGUGCAGAGCGAGAGACCACCCUCCCCCCUCUGCUCGCCCUCCUUUUCUCUCUCUCUCUCUCUCUCUCUCUCUCUCUCUCUCUCUCUCUCUCUCUCUCUCUCUCUCUCUCUGUGAAGCUCUGAGCAUUUGUUCUGCUCUCAUCUGACAGAGGAAAUGAAUCAGAAACUCAUUUAUUCUGCUGGCGCACAUCUAUUCAUAACACAGGCUGUGACCGCUGCCCACUUGUGUUCUGAUCAGUAGGCUGAAGAGCUGCCCUUCACGGGUCUCCAUCACUAUCAAGCCCGUCGACCACUCAAACCCGAUGACGAUAACGGCACGCGCGGCACCCCGAGAAGUGCACAAGUCUCAUGAAAAGAAAACGGAUGAUAUCCUCGAUGAUGGCUGCACCUGCUGGUGAUGCAAAAAUGAACCAAUGCUUUCAGAAGGCUGCCCUCUACAGAGUCACAGCCCCCAUUGCAAGCACAUCAAAGUCAACUUUCCCCUUCAAAUGUGCUCAAAGCUGAGAGAAUGAAUGGUGAGGGUGGGCUUUGCAUCCCAUCGCUGUCCACGCAUGUCUCUGUGGGGAUCCUUUUUUUCCCAACUGGGGGUUGAUUCUGAAAACAUUGCAUGAGGCAGACACAAUUCUUUUUCAUUUUCUCAUUAGAAAUGCAACAUUAAAAUUAACCUAAGUAGAGCAAGUACAUACCUUUGUCACACUGCUGGGUUUGAAGUAGCCCAAAAAGGGUGAAUGGCUAGCUCAUUGCUGGUCCAAAAGGGACUGAGCCAGUGCUGGGUUAUUCAUACCCUGCACAUUGAAUUGAGGAUUUGACCCAAAAUGUUGGGUCGAGCAUUUUUAAUCAAACAAACUACACCCUAAAAAGAGGUGGGUCAAAAAGAACCCAGUUAAUUCAAUAGACCGAUUGACGACCUGGGUCAAUGUGACCUAACUUUCUGGGUUGUCUUGGACAAAACAAUCGCAAAAUUUGGGUCAUUUUGUAUCAAAAACAUUUCAGACAUUAGGUCAUUUUUGAUCAAACGAGUUUUAUCCAGAAUGGCCCAUGUUUUUGUGUUGUU